AUGUUUGGAUUUGGAAGGAAGAAUAAUGAAGGUGAUGCUGAGAAGAAGAGAUUGACUGAAGAAGAUAGGGUCAAGCAUCUAAUCCCUAGAGAAAUUCCAUUCGAAUGUGCACCUUCUUAUAUUGUGCCGCCUCGAGAAAAUCCGCUAACUGAAUCACAGUUGGAGAUGUAUGAUACCGUGCUAAAGCAUUUUCAGCAAAAGGAUUUGGAGAUUAGCGUUAAGGAGAAGUCUGAUAUAGAUACCGAAAGAAGAGUCCUUACUUCCGACGAACAGGCUUGGGUUACUAGAGAGUGUAUAUUGAGAUACCUCAGAGCGACCAAGUGGAUCGUGAAAGAUGCGAUAGAAAGAAUCGAGAGAACCAUUGCCUGGAGGCGUGAGUUUGGUAUUGAUCAUCAAUUGGAUGAUUCUAAGAACAUAGUAACUCCGGAACUUGUGGAUCCGGAAUCAGAAACAGGUAAGGAGGUUGUUCUUGGCUAUGAUAACGAUGAUAGACCAUGCCUUUAUCUUAAACCCGGUAGGCAGAACACAAAGAACUCCUUCCGGCAAGUUCAGCACUUGGUUUUUUUCUUGGAAAGAGUCAUUGAUUUCAUGCCUUCUGGUCAGGAUUCAUUGGCACUUCUCAUCGAUUUCAAACAGCAUCCGGAGAUUGAAUCCCAGGUAGAGACGUCUAAGAUUCCGCCACUAUCAGUUGGCAGACAGGUUCUUCAUAUCCUACAGACCCAUUAUCCUGAGAGAUUGGGUAAGGCCUUACUCACCAACAUUCCCUUCCUUGGCCGUGCAUUUCUUAAGUUGAUAUAUCCAUUCAUCGAUCCUCUUACUCGUCAAAAAUUAGUAUUCGAUGCCGACUUUGCGGAAUUCUGCCCCAAAGAGCAAUUAGACAAGGAGUUCAACGGAUUAGUCGACUUUGAGUACGUUCAUAAAGUGUAUUACCCUGCAUUAGUUAAGAUGGCUCACCAGAGACGUCAACAUUAUAUGGAGAGAUUUCGCAAAUUUGGUGGUGUGGUUGGACUAAGCGAAAUUGAUCUCCGUGGUGAUUCAUAUGAAUUGAAAUUACCCGUGGGCUCCCAUCCUUGGCAAACAGAAAAGGCUCCCGAGACUACAGCCAGGAGUGCGACCAUAAAGUCAAACGACGAGUCUUCCCCGUUAAAGAGACCUAUAGCCAACGAGACCACCGGCAAGGUAACAGAUUCUAAUGAUAAAGAAGUCGAGAGAAUCAUACCACAGACUGAGCAAGUACUCUUGGUCAAAGACUGA